AUGUGGGAGCUCUCGGCUCUCCUGCUGCUCGCCCUAGCCUAUUUCUUUUGGUCCAGGGUAAAGCCCUCUGAUGCCAAGUUCCCCAAGAGUCUUCCAUUCCUGCCCGUGGUGGGCAGCCUACCAUUUCUUCCCAGACAUGGCCACAUGCAUGCCAACUUAUUCAAGCUGCAGAAAAAAUAUGGCCCCAUCUUUUCUCUGCGGAUGGGUUCCAUUCCUAUGGUGAUUGUUGGCAACCACCAGCUGGCCAAAGAAGUGCUUGUCAAGAAAGGCAAAGAAUUCUCAGGGCGGCCCCAGAUGGUGACUCUAGACCUCCUGUCCCACCAAGGAAAAGGCAUCGCUUUUUCUGACUCCGGUGCCCACUGGCAGCUGCACCGGAAGCUGGUGCUGGGCACCUUUGCUCUGUUCAGGGAUGGUGACUACAAGUUGGAGAAGAUCAUAUGUCAGGAAGUCAGCACACUGUGUGAUUUUCUGGUCACCUACAAUGAGAAGGCCAUAGAUCUGUCCUUACCUGUAUUCGCGUCGAUAAUCAACGUUAUCUGCUCCAUCUGUUUCAACACUUCUUACAAGAACGGGGAUCCUGAGCUGAUGACCAUUAGGACAUUCACAAAGGGGAUCCUGAAUAAUCUGGACCAAGAAAAUCUAGUGGACAUCUUCCCCUGGUUGAAGCUCUUUCCCAAUAAAGCCCUGGGAAUGAUAAAGAAGUAUGUGGAAAUGCGAGAUGGAGUGUUUAUUAAAAUAUUGGAAAAGCACAAGGAGAAAUUCAACAGUGACUCUAUCACCAACCUGCUAGACCUACUGAUUCAGGCCAAGAUGAACGCAGACAACAACAAUGGUGGCCCAGACCACGAUUCCAAUAUGUUUUCGGACACGCACAUCCUUGCUACAGUAGGGGACAUCUUUGGGGCUGGUGUGGAGACCACCAUGUCUGUAGUGAGUUGGAUUGUGGCUUUCCUACUGCACAAUCCCGAGGUAAAGAAGAAGAUUCAUAAGGAGAUUGACCAGAAUAUAGGCUUUAGCCGGACACCAACUUUUAACGACCGGACUCACCUCCUCAUGCUCGAGGCCACCAUCCGAGAGGUGCUGCGCAUCAGGCCUGUGGCCCCCAUGCUUAUCCCCCACAAAGCUAACGUUGACUCCAGCAUCGGAGAGUUCACCAUACCCAAGAACACACACGUGGUCGUCAACCUGUGGGCCCUACAUCACAAUGAGAAGGAGUGGCCCCAGCCAGACCGCUUCAUGCCCGAGCGCUUCUUGGAUCCGACAGGGGGGCAUAUCAUCACGCCCUCCUUAAGCUACCUGCCCUUCGGAGCCGGUCCCCGCUCCUGUGUGGGGGAGGCCCUGGCCCGGCAGGAGCUCUUCCUCAUCAUGGCCUGGUUGCUGCAGAGGUUUGACCUGGAAGUGCCAGAUAAUGGGCAGCUGCCCAGCUUGGAGGGUGACCCAAAGGUGGUCUUUCUGAUCCACCCUUUCCAAGUGAGGCUCAAGGUGCGCCAGGCCUGGAAGGACGCCCAGGCUGAGUAG